AUGUUUAGCUACUAUUUAGCAGUAAAACAAGAACUUGUAAUAGUUGAAUAUGUAGAAGGUUCUGUUGACUAUAUUAGAUGGAAAACUAAAAAAGGUAAAAGUAAAUCAACAAAUUGUCUUGAUAAUAUUCUACAACUUACUAAAAAUAGAAAUGCUAAAUUCAACAAAUAUAUGCAGAAAAUGAGGAUGAUAUUUAUGUUUGGUGAUGGACCUGAUUUUGUUUUAGUGAAGGCAGCUGUCAAAGAUUAUGUAGUGGAAUCAGCAAAUGUAUAG